GUAAGCUAUAAGCUUGUAGCCUGUACAGGAGUGUACUAUUCGACAGUGUUAUAUUGUGUUGGCUCACUGCCACCUUUCAGGUGCAGCAAGCUUUGAGGCAAUUACCUUCAUAGUCUGGAUGCAUCUGAUUGACCUUUGGGAGGGGAGGACCCAUGCUCUCUCAUCUUUGCGCUGCCACACCAGCCCUGUACAUAUUGUGGAUCACUAUGGCCCAGAUAGCUGGCCAGGAGGACAGAGAGAAAACCACUGCACUCAAAGAUUUGCUGUCAAGAAUAGACUUAGAUGAACUGAUGAAGAAAGAUGAACCUCCUUUCACUUUCCCCAAAACACUGGAGGAGUUUGAAUAUGCCUUUAAUGAAUAUGGCCAGCUCAGACAUAUAAAAACAGGAGAGCUCUUUGUAUUUAAUGCCAGGGAGGAUCUCCACCGCUGGAACCAGAAACGCUAUGAAGCUCUUGGAGAGAUCAUCACUCAGUAUGUUUAUGAGCUGUUGGAGAAAAAGUGCAACAUGACUAAAGCAAUCCUGCCAGUGGAUGCUACAGAAGAUGAACCCACCAGUUUCAUCUACCUGAGCCCAGAUGCCUUGACCAACCCUUCUAAACUGCUGGUGCUGAUCCAGGGCAGUGGCGUGGUGCGGGCCGGGCAGUGGGCCCGUAGACUCAUCAUCAACCAGGACCUGGACUCAGGGACACAAAUCCCCUUCAUCACCAGAGCCAUGGAGGAGGGCUACGGUGUGAUGGUGCUCAACCCCAAUGAGAACUACCUGGAGGUGGAGAAGCCAGCCAUGUCCUCUCCCCUGCCCUCUGCUACUGAAACCUCGGACGAACCUGCUGAAAAGAGGGAACGCAAAGAUGAUAAAGAGGGCAAAAAGAAGAGAGAAUUUUAUGAGAAGUACCGUAACCCACAGAAGGAGACGGAGACCGAACAGAUCCCUAUACGGGAAAAUGGUUCCUCCGAGGAACACGUGCUGUAUGUGUGGGACCACUUUGUGUCCAAAGCUGCAGCCAAGAAUAUCUUCAUCAUGGCCCACAGCUACGGAGGGCUGUCUUUCGUUGAGCUGAUGAAUCAGAGGGAAAUGCAGGUGAAGAACAGAGUGUGUGCCGUGGCUCUGACUGACUCGGCUCACAACAUCUGGCUGCAGGAGACCAGCAAAGGCACACAGGACUGGAUGCAGCAGCACUGUUGUAACUGGGUAUCAAGUCCAGAGCCCCUGGACACACCACUGGAUCCCAUGCUGCCAGACUGCCCCCAAGUCUCUGCAGGCACAGAGCGGCAUGAGCUGACCUCCUGGGUGAGUUUCAACACCAUCUUCAGGUUCUUCAGUGAGGUCCUGGAGGCGAAAGAGGAUGAGGAGGCGGAGGAGACCUCCAACGCUGUCACCACACGCAGCAGCUCCCUCAAAAACAAACACCAAGAUUUGUAGAGGACUGACAAAAAUGACUUGGAACAAG